AUGUUCAUCUUUAUGUCGACGAAAAAAAUCGUCUAUUAUAUGCGACAUUUUGAAGCCUUGCAUAACGUUCGACCAUAUGAUUGCAGCAUUCGUGAUCCGGGAUUAUCUGCUUACGGGCAAAGUCAAGCGGCGUCUGCAAUUCAGGUGCUUGAAACCAUUCCAGUCAUUGAUUUAAUUGUCUGUUCGCCGUUGAAACGAACGUUGCAAACUUAUCUACUCAUGUUCGGCAAUCGACGAAAUCUUCCUUUGAUUAUACAUCCUGACAUUCAAGAAGUGUGCAAUGAACCUUGUGAUACGGGUAGUUCAGUCGAGGAUUUGAAGAAAACAUUUUCAACAUUGACCAGUGAAUUGGACGUGUUCGAACAGACUUUUGGUGGAGUUGAAUGGCUUGAGAAGACGAAGGUGACAAGUAUUUAUUCAGUUCAACAAGUCGAACAACGGAGAAAACGUUUUCUUCAAUGGCUAAUGAAUCGACCAGAAAAACAUAUUUUUGUCAUUUCACAUAAUCUAAUGUUACAAGAAUUGAUUUGUGGAGAUAGGAACGAGAAAGUUGAUAUAAAAAAUGGCGAAAUCAAAACAAUUGAAUAUUGA